CGGAGGAUUCACUACAUGAUCAGCAAGGGUGGCAGUGAAGCCCUUCUGCAAACUCUGGUGGACACAGCUAGGACUUUUUCCCCAGACUACGAUAUCCUCCUACCUCUCCUCCGGCUACUGGCCAAGGUUGGCCUAAGAGAUAAAAAGUUUGGACAGAAGGCCCUGGAAUUGGAGGCACUCGAUGUGACAUUGACUCUGGCCAGGAAAAACCUGUCCCACAGCCAGAACCUGCUACACUGUCUCUGGGCUCUGCGUGUGUUUGCCUCCCGUGUCACCACAGGAGCCAUGCUGGGGAUUAAUGGAGCAAUGGAACUGCUUUUCAAGGUCAUCACUCCUUAUUCCCGGAAGCACACUCGAAUAAUCAGGGCAGCCGCUGAAGUUCUGGCAGCACUGCUGAAAUCCAAGUCUAACAGCCGCAGGGCGGUGAACAGAGGCUACGUCACCAGCUUGCUCAGGCUGCAUCAGAACUGGCACAGCCAUGACACAGCCCACACCUAUGUGCAGAUCCGCCGGGCGCUUCUGCUCUGCCUCAAGCACGUCAGCACCUUCCGGUCUGGCAGGGAGGCCUUCCUGUCAUCCCAGGGCUUGGAGAUCCUCUUCGGCACCACACAGAACCACUUGGAUGACAAAAUUAUGGAGCCCCUCAUCUCCGUGGUGCUUCAGAUCCUGAGGCAGUGCUACCCUAAGAGCCUCCUUCCCUUGCCCACAGCCAGCAGUGCUUAUGCCUUCCCCAUCCCUGGGAGCAUCACCUCUGAGCCUCCACGUGUUCUAACUGAAGAGGAUUUUGAAGAUGAUGGUGACGAAGAGGUGGACAAAGACUCGGAUUCUGAAGAUGUGAAAGAGGAAGAUGAUGACUUGGAAACAGACGUGAACAAGCUGAGUUUCAAACCUGGCCUUGACCGAGCUGAAGAGGAGCUGGAGCAAUAUGAGGCCAUGUGUCUUGAGCUCUCCUAUAGCUUUGAGGAAUUGGAGCCCAGACUUGAAGGUGAUUUGAACUUUGAAGAGCCUCAGUGUGCCAAUCACCACCACAUUCCGGCUGCUGCCUCCCCAAAGCAGCAUGGCUUGAAUAAGGACCAGAGCCACUGGGGGCUUGAAAGAGAAGACACAGUCCAGGCUUCCCUCCUGAGCAUGGUGAAGAUGGGGAGGUCCAAUGUGCAUCUUGCCUCCAAAAGAAAACCAGCAAUGAAAACUUACCAAAAUGUACCAUCCAAUGGUCUUGGGAUAGAUUCUUCUGGAAAUGAAAUCCCUGAUAUUCAGGCUUCCCUCAAAGAGGAUGCUUGGGACAUAGAUGCAAUUUCCUGCCCAAGGAUGAGUGCCUCCCUUGCCAAUUCCACUAUGCCUAGAGAAAGUGUUGAAGUAAUAGAUAAGCUUCUGCAGACACAUCCCAUUGAUAUUCCCUUCCAUGAGCCCCAUCUUUAUAUGGCCAAAGCCAGAAGAACAAGUUCUGUGGCAGACUUUAAGAUGAUGGCAUUUCCUGAUCUCUGGGGGCACCACCUACCUACCUCAGCCCAGUCCAUGUUGGAACGCAAAUGUGGAGUCCAAAGGAUCAAGAUAUUUGAGGAUAUCCGGAGACUCAUCCAGCCAAGGGAUGUCAUCAAUAAAGUCGUCUUCAGUUUAGAUGAGCCUGGGCCUUUGCAAGACUUUAGUGCUUCUCAUUGCCUAAGGUUCUUCUCCAAGUUUGAGUCAGGAAAUCUUCGCAAAGCCAUCCAAGUGCGUGAGUUUGAGUAUGACUUGUUGCUUAAUGCUGAUGUGAACACCACCCAGCACCAGCAAUGGUUCUACUUCAAGGUGAGCGGUAUGAGAGCUGCUGUCCCUUAUCGUUUCAACAUCAUCAACUGUGAGAAGCCCAACAGCCAGUUUAACUACGGGAUGCAGCCAACCAUGUAUUCAGUGAAGGAGGCUCUUCUUGGCAGACCCACCUGGGUACGGACGGGCUCUGAAAUCUGUUAUUACAGAAAUCAUUACCGCCUGAAUGCAGCUGCCAAGGGAGGAGCAUCUGGGAAGUGUUAUUACACCCUCACCUUUGCUGUCACCUUCCCGCACAAUGAGGAUGUCUGCUACCUGGCCUACCACUAUCCCUACACCUAUACAGCUCUCAUGACUCACCUUGACAUCCUGGAAAAAAGUAUCAACCCCAAGCAGGUCUACUUCCGGCAGGAGGCUCUCUGCCAGACCUUGGGAGGGAAUCCAUGUCCAUUGGUGACCAUCACAGCCAUGCCUGAGUCAAACAGUACUGACCAUCUAGCGCAGUUCCGGCAACGUCCAUACCAGGUGAUCACUGCCCGAGUUCACCCAGGAGAGAGCAAUUCCAGUUGGGUAAUGAAGGGGGCUUUGGAGUUCCUGGUCAGCAGUGACCCGGUGGCUAGACUGCUGAGGGAAAAUUUCAUUUUCAAGAUCAUCCCUAUGCUCAACCCAGAUGGUGUCAUCAAUGGCAAUCACAGAUGCUCACUGAGAGGGGAGGAUCUGAACAGGCAAUGGCUCUUGCCCAGUGCUCAUCUCCAGCCCACAAUUUACCAUGCAAAAGGACUCCUCUACUACCUGAGCAGUAUUGGCCGAAGCCCCGUGGUCUUCUGUGAUAUCCAUGGCCACUCCCAAAAGAAGAAUGUGUUUCUUUAUGGUUGUAGCAUCAAAGAGACCUUGUGGCAAGUGGGGCGCCCUGUGAGCACAUCUGCUGUCCUGGAGGAUGUCAGCUACAGGACUCUUGCCAAGAUCCUUGAUAAGCUAGCACCGGCAUUCACAAUGGGCAGCUGCAGCUUCCUCGUGGAGAAAUCCCGAGCCUCCACGGCCAGGGUUGUGGUGUGGCGAGAAAUGGGGGUGUCCAGAAGCUAUACCAUGGAGAACAGCUUCUGUGGCUGCAACCAAGGCCCCUAUAAGGGUCUACAGUUUGGUACCGGAGAACUGGAGGAAAUGGGAGCCAUGUUCUGCUUGGGCCUCCUCAUCUUGGAACUAAAAUCCAUAAGCUGUAGUCAUCAGCUCCUGGCCUGUGCAGCAACUUUGUUGAAUGUAGAGGAACGAGCUCUGUACCACCACCUCCAGAGAUGCAGUCUUUCCACAGCUAACAGCAAUAACAACACUGCAGAGCUGGAUGACGAACCCCCUUGCUUGGAGGAGAUCGAUUACAACACAGACAGCAGCUUAAACCAGGAAGGGAGCCUCUUGGAGCUGGACCGGCAGAUCCAAGAGUGCGCCUUCGACAAGGAGGAGAGAGAAGAAGAUGAGGGAACAGGGCAGGAAGAAAAGCCGUCCCAAAGCCCUGAGCUUCAUGGCGAGUCAUGUGUCUCCAACCAUUGGACUAGCAACUAUGACUCUACUUCUCCAUCUGAGAUGCACAGUGUAUGUGCCCAUAGAAAAAGCAGGCCCAUGUGAGCUCAGCAACCCCAUUUCCGGGUUUCUUUCGAGUUCC